GCCGGUCACCUCGUCACUCCUUGCUUCACUACAAUCACCAUCAUUACCGGUACUCCCGUCCCCAUCCCUAGCAGCCAAAUCUUUAAAUUCCACGCGCCAUCCCACGCGCCUCGAUCCAUAAAAAUCAAUUUUCCAAUUUUCCCCGAGUUCCAAAUUCUUGAAAAGGAUGGAGCGUCCGAUUCCGAUCGAUAAAGACGACAAUGGUGAAAUGGAAGCAGUAUCAUUGGAGCCGGAUCAGACUCCAUCGGUUAAAGAUCCGAACCCGGUUCCUGGACCCAACCCAGAUCCCAAGCCUAAGGGCGAAGCAAAGGUGGAGGCCGUAAAACAAGGAGAUAAUGCCAAUCUUAAUGUGAGUAUAGAUGAGGAGAGUAAUCAAGAUAAUAAAGAAUUGAAAUCAAAAAAAUCGGUGAGGUGGAGCGAGGAAUUGGUGACGGAAUCGCCGGUGUCGAGGGAUAACAAUCGUGAAUCCAAUCCUUACAUUGCUUACUCGCCAGCGCCUUCCAAUGAUUCUUCUUCCUUCAAUUUUAAAAGUACAAUGGAAAAUGUGAAGGAUGUGUUAGGAAGAUGGGGAAAGAAGGUGGGAGAAGCAACAAGGAAGGCUGAGGAUCUUGCUGAGAAUACUUGGCAGCACUUGAAAACAAGUCCUAGUCUAGCUGAUGCUGCUCUGGGAAGAAUUGCACAGGGAACAAAGGUUCUAGCAGAAGGUGGAUAUGAGAAAAUAUUUCGGCAAACAUUUGAGACUGUUCCUGAAGAGCAACUCCGUAAUUCAUUUGCAUGUUACUUAUCCACAUCAGCGGGUCCAGUCAUGGGUGUUUUAUAUGUCUCAACUGCAAAGCUCGCAUUUUGUAGUGAUAAUCCACUUUCAUACAAAUCCAGUGACAAGACAGAAUGGAGCUAUUAUAAGGUAUUUUUGGUUGCUUUAAAUUAUGUGGUUUGGUAUGAGCAUGUUUGGGUGGAGCAUAUAAGUAAAUUGUAAGAUGGGUUUUGAAGU